GUUCAUUCAACAUUUUCAUUGCUUACAUUGUUCCUCCUAUUUCAUCAACUCCCUCUCCAUGGCUUCACUUUCCAAAAGGCUUGAAGGAAAAGUGGCGAUAAUCACCGGAGGAGCUAGCGGCAUCGGAGCCGCCACCGCCAAACUAUUCCUCCAACACGGUGCCAAAGUGAUCAUUGCAGACGUGCAAGAUGCUUUAGGCCACUCCCUCUGCAAAACCUUCACCACGAACAGUCCCAUUCACUACCUUCACUGCGACGUAACAAGCGACUCGGACGUCAAAAACGUGGUGGAAGUCGCCAUAACCAAAUACGGAAAACUCGACAUAAUGUUCAAUAAUGCCGGCAUCUCGGGAGACUCGAACAGAUCCGUAGUAGAAUCCGAUGAGGAAGAUUUCAAAAGAGUUCUCGAGGUUAAUGUGUACGGAGCUUUCUUGGGCUCCAAGCAUGCGGCGAGGUUCAUGGUUCCAGCGAAGAGAGGGGUGAUUCUCUUCACUUCGAGCAUUGCUUCGCUUCUGGGUGGCGAAACGUCGCAUGCUUACGCCGUUUCAAAGCACGCAGUGGUGGGACUGAUGAAGAACCUGUGCGUUGAACUGGGGCAGCAUGGGAUCAGAGUGAACUGCGUUUGUCCAGGUGGCAUUCCCACUCCGAUGCUGAACAAGGCGUUGAAGAUGAACAAGAAGGAGACGCAGGAAUUGCUGUGCAAGGUUGCAGUGUUGAAAGGGACGGUUCUUGAAGCUGAAGACAUAGCAAAAGCUGCGUUAUAUUUGUGCAGCGACGAGGCGAAGUUCGUGAGUGGAGUUAACCUUGUUCUGGACGGUGGUUAUAGCACCACCAACAUGUCAUUCAAUUCAGUGCUGAAUGGUCUCAUGGAUAACUACACCAACAACAUCAACAGCAACAACCAUGCUUAAUCAUGGCUACCAAUAUCCCUUUCUGCGCAUUUCCUGCUUCUACUGAUAUAUGCUGAAAUAAUUAAGCUAUAGUUUAUCUAUUUUCUCA